CAGGGGAUCGUCCCAUGGGACUCUUGAAUUGGGAAGACAUCUUCUUAAAGUCAAUAAAGGAUCUUCCUAUUACCAAGACAACACCGCCAACGGUUGACCCUGAUAUGAAGAAGAAAGUGGAGCGUGGGUUAUCAAAUGUAGACAUGAAGAACAAGGAAGCAGCAUAUCAGGCAUGGCUUGGGUACUAUAAUUCAAAUAAGAGUGUUGGACGAGAUAAAAUUAGACUUGUAGAGCUUGCGAAUGAGUUUAGUCGGAGCAUGGGACUCGACACUCCUCCCGCCAUCUCCAAGCUUAUUCUUGGCAAGAUGGGCUUAAAGAAUGUCCCUGGUUUACGUGUUAAAUAGAGACAUAAUUAAUUGUUCUGUCAAAAUUUUUGGGGUUAUAUAACAAACAAUUU